AUGGCUUCCAACGAGUCUCCCGCCGCUCCCCACGAGCCACCAUACACAUACCGCGCGAACCAGGGCUACGAACAGACCGAGGAGGUACCGGCCGAGCUGAAGAACGUGCCCCGUGAUACCCCCGCCCUCGAGGACGAUGCCGAGGAUGACAUGGAAGAUAUCUUCGGCGAGGACGACGACGUCCCCGACGACGAAUGGGCCGGCGACUCGGGCGACUUGACCAAGUCGUACAACCGCCAGCGCAUGUUCAACAGCAACAGCAACAGCGACGGCGGCGCUGCCCUCCCUCGCUCCAACGCGCAACGACCGACUGCAAACACUUUCGCCAGUGUUGACGACCAGAUCACCGCCCUCUCCAAGCACGCUGCCAAGAUCAGGCUCGACAGCGUCAAGGGUCGCGACGAUGACGAGAAGACAAAGGAUAAGGCGGACCGCGCCACGAGCGAGCAGGUACUGGAUCAGCGCACGCGCAUGAUCCUGCUGCAGAUGAUCAACCGUGGCGUCGUCAGCGAGAUUCACGGUGCCAUCAGUACCGGCAAGGAGGCCAACGUCUACCAUGCCGUGCUGCAUCCCGAGGGCGAUGCGCCGACCGUCCAGCGAGCCAUCAAGGUGUACAAGACGUCGAUCCUGGUCUUCAAGGACCGCGAGAGGUAUAUCACGGGCGAGCACCGUUUCCAGAAGGGUUUCGACAAGAGCAGCAACAGGAGUAUGGUCAAGCUCUGGGCCGAGAAGGAGUUCCGUAACUUGAGGAGGAUACACGCUGCUGGCAUCCCCUGCCCUGAGCCCAUCAGCCUCAAGCUUCAUGUUUUGGCUAUGGGUUUCCUGGGUGACCGCAAGGGCUGGGCGUACCCCCGUCUGAGGGAUGCCAAGCUGGCUGGAGACGAUGUUGACGAGCAGUGGAGGGACUUGUACGUCCAGUUGCUCGGUCUGUACCGCAGGAUAUACCAGGUUUGCAGACUUGUCCACGCCGAUUUGAGCGAGUACAACAUCCUGUACAACGACAAGAAGCUGUACAUCAUCGACGUCUCUCAGAGUGUCGAGCCUGACCACCCUCGCGCGUUGGAGUUCCUGCGCAUGGAUAUCAAGAACGUGGGCGACUUCUUCAGGCGGAAGGGCGUCGACACCCUGUCUGACCGUGCCGUUUUCGAUUUCAUCUCAGCGACGCAGGGCCCGGUGGAGGAGCCGGCCAUGAAGGAUGCCCUCGAGAAGCUCUACGAAAGCAGACCCGCCGAUGAGGACGAAGCUGCUGCUGAGGUCGAGGUCGACAACGAGGUCUUCCGCAAGCAGUACAUCCCCCAGACUCUCGAGCAGGUCUACGACAUCGAGAAGGACGGUGCCAAGAUUGGACAGGGCGAGGGUGACAAGCUUGUGUACAAGAACCUGCUUGCCGAUACUGUCGUCAAGGAGAAUGAGGAAGAGGAGGAUGACGAGUCCGAAGACGAGUCGGGAAGUGGAGCAUCUCUCGGAAGCGAUGACGACGAGGGGGAUUCCAAGUUCGACAAGGGCAGGCCUAGGGGGCGUAAGCAUGAGGAUAAGGACGAGAAGAAGGCGCACAAGGCAGCGGUCAAGGAGGCCAAGCGCGAGAAGCGCAAGGAGAAGAUUCCGAAGAGCGUAAAGAAGAAGCUGGUCUCGGCGUCGUCUAGGAAGAAGCACUAA